GCUGCUACUGCACCAGCGUUCCAGCAGACCACCAUGGCCAGAGCCGCUUGGGGCGCAGCCGCCGCUUGUGGCUGCGGUGGCGGUGGCCUUGGCGGAGGCGGAGGCGGCGGAGGCGGUAGCUUCAGCGGCAAUAUUGCAGCGCCGCCAGCAGCCGGCGGCGGCGGCGGCGGUUCAGGCCACCCCCUCCACCACCUCCACCACAACAACAUCAGCAGCAGCAGUAGCAGUAGCGGCCCCUACGCGCCACUGCUGGCCGCGGCGCUGUGUGUGAGCGCCGAGCAUCAGUCCUCGCACCCACCUACACACAGCAGCGGCUGUGGCUGUGGCGGCGCCGCCGCCGGCGUCCUGCAUGCCGUGCCGGCGGAAGCAACAGCAGUGGCGCCGCCGCAGAUUCUGCCGUACGCGCAUCAGCCACAGAACGCGCCGUCGCCGUCGCAGCCACCGUUCCAGCCGCCGCCGCCGCCUUUCCGGGCGCCGCCGCCGCCGCCGUCGCCGUUGCGUCAGCUGCUGGCGGCCCAGCUGGCGGACCUGUGCCGCUGUACACAGGAGCUGGAGGCCAGGGGGCGGCAGUAGCAGAAGCGACUGCAGCAGUGCCGGUGGCAGUAGCAGCAGUCACUGCGGUAGUCACUGCGGAACUUGUCCCAUCCCACGUGGUUUGUGUUUGCGUGCAGUCCUGCAGAACUGUAGCUAGCACAGCAAUUGUAGCAACGGACUACUUUGCUGCUGAAUGAUGUCGGGCGUGGGUUUUCCAGGCGGGUAUGUGCGCGGCCCUGGGCUGGGCCGUGUUGGUUGGGCUUGCCGCGACCUGCCGUGUAGCGGAUGAGAGAGACAGACAGACAGACACAUGCGUGAGUGUUGGCGCUGUGGAGCGGAUGAGACAGACAGGCAAAUGAGGGAGGGCUGGUGCGCACCAGCAUGCUGUGGAGUGGACGACUGUCGCUGGCUAGCCGCACACAGCUAGCGGGGUAUGCAGCGGUGGUGGCGGUAGAUCCCAGAGAGAUCAUGGUGGGGAGUGUGUGACACGAAAGAAGGCCGUGUCCUUGCAACUGUGACAGAUUCGUAGCGGCGGGCGAGGCAUGACGGCAUGAGGCAAGGGACAUGAAACCCGUGGUAAUCCGUGGUAGGUACCGUUAUUAGCGGCGGCCCUGACCUCGCUCUGAGGAGCAAUGCAAUUCAUGCCCCCGCAUGGGAUGAAGAUUGCAUUGGUUACAAGAGGGACCUUCAUGGCCCUUUGUUGACGAAGCCAGGAAGGGAGGGAGGGCAACGGGGCAAACGGGCGCCAACAGCGGUCAUAUGGGGGCGAGGAAAGCAGGGAGUUCGGGGAGAUAAAAA